AUGGAUGCCGUGAAAGAGACCCUGAAGGCGGUGCAGAGCCGAGAACAGGGAGGCGCGCCCAUCAAGGAACUCACGGAACUCUUGGAAAUCGAAUGCAAGGCACGCAAGAACGAUGUCGAUGAACUUCGUCAUCAGCUGCAGCUUACGGAGUCCUUGGUGUCAGGAGCCGCUUCAGCACCAGUGCAUCAGAGUUUGGAAGAUCUCGAUCUCCGCAUGACUCGGCUGGUCAGCGCGCUGGAGACCGAACGUGACCAUCGACGUUCGGACAGCGAACGUCACCAUGCCGCCCUGAGCGACGUCAUGGACUCUUUGAAGGCGGAGCGCAGCUUGCGGGGCAACGAGGUGGAGAAGAUGCGCUCCGCCUUGGCACAGUUGGCCAUGAACCUCCAGCAGGCAUCGGAGAGCUCUGAGCCCAGCCGUUGGGUGGACGCCUUCGCCUCCCUGCAAAGCGCGCUCGACGCGGACCGCUCGGAGCGACCGGAGACCUCCGAGCGAAGCGAGGCUCCGCAGGCGCGGGGUGGAAGCCAAACCGUGCGAGUUCGCAUGCAAGCUCGGAUGGAACCGCUGACCUCGAAGAGCGAAAGGAGCGUGCGCCAUGCCCCUUUUGGUGAAGGGCAUGAAGGGCUGACCUGCCGAGAGCAGAUUUCCAUGUAUUCAACUUCGCCAGCCGUGGAAACUGCUCAAAGUCGGAAGAAGCGAGCCAAGCAACACGUGCAAAGCUCGUCGAAAGCUCGAACGGGAAGCGCUUUUUCAGUUCGCGACACCAUGGUCUUCGUUGAUGCCCAAACCACGCUACCAGCCACCGAAUGCACCGUGGCACAGCGAUUCCGCGUGUUUUGCAUCGAGAACGGUCGAUGCUUUGACAGGGUCCUGGCGCAAGACAGCUCCAACAUGACGGUGCGAAGACUGGGAGACUUUGGGAGACUCUGGGAGACCAGCAGCUUUGCAAAGCCUCGAAGUCACGAUGAGAAGAAAGCGAAGCACGGAGAUGUGGCGGCCAAGCUCCGCGGCGAGGUGGCCGCCAAGUCCGCUGAGUGCCGGGGCGACGUGGCUGCCUUGCGCAGCGAGAUGCUGAAGAAGAUGGACGGGGCGUCGCCGACUCGCCGGGACGGGCUCGCCCCAGGUGGGCGACGGAUCGAAAGGUGGAGGCUUCGGGCUGCAGUCGAACGCGGCGCUGGCUGGGCAGAUGACCGAGACGGUCAGGUUGGUGCAGAUCAUCGCGCAAAGCACCGAGCACUUGGGGGAGAAGCUUUGUGA